AUGGUCGAGUGCGAACAAGCGCCUGUCGCCGUGCUAAGCAACAUGGACGCGGUCGACGACGGCUACAUGAGCCCGGCCGAUUCGGCCGCCAUGGCUUCGUGGCUCCUCAUCGACGACGAUGACGCCGACGACGCAGUCUUGCCCCGACGAAAGCACGGCGUUUCGGGCUUGCCGUGGACAUGCAGCAACUGCGGUGUCUCGUUCUACUCGCUGCGGUCCGUCAUGGCCGACGACUGCUACUGCUCGGGCGAAUGCAAGUGGAGUGUGAUCCUCUUCCGCGAAAUGGACUCGCGGAGUCUCUGCUAUGGCUCCAAGGCCAAGGCCGCCACAUACGACACGCUGCCCGAGACCGUGCGCUACGUCGCGCCGCUUCCGUUCUAG